AGUUUUCACCUGAAGUUGAGUGAAUAUUUUUUUCUCCCUGAGAUUCUCCGGAAGCCGAAGGGCACGAAUGCGAGGUGGUCAAAUUUCGCGGGCUCUUUUCCCCUCCAUAACCUCCAAAUACUGUCAUAUUGUUAGAAAAUCACAACACGAGCACAUGGGAUUCAUCGACACUCACCAUAAAUCAAAUUCCCAAACACCUCGCGCCUCACUAUCAAUUAGCACUCGAAAUGCCGAGAAUCGUGGACUCCAUGAGAAAGAGAAAUGGAGACAGUGAGUCCCACAACACGAGUGAUAGCGAUAAAAACCAUACGAACCGGUGUGAAAUGAUCGUGGCGAUGGAGGACUCCGUUCCAGGGGACGACAAUUACGUUCUCGCACUCUGCGGCACUCAGCACGAGCCGGAGUUCAGGUUAUGCGCAGGUAUGUCAGACUACUCGUGCGUUGUUUACAGUGUGAACGAGGGAUUGAGUAAGAUGAUGUCGUUGAAAAACAAUACAUCACCCAUUGUUGGAAUCAAGUUUAGCCCUAGUUCUAAGAAUAUUCUGUACACUGCCACGAGGGACGGGAGCAUAACAGCCUGCGACCUGAGGGCCAAGGGCAAAGUUGUGGCUGAGAUGAGAGAUGGAUCAGUGGACAGUAAACUCAAGCCCCUAGCGAGCUUCGACAUAAGCUCCGACGACAAAUUAAUAGCAGCUGGUACUGAGCACGUCGGUGGGGAUGCCUUCAUCCUCUUCUGGGACAUCAGGUUCAACAGUCCCAACAACUCGAGAUCAGACAGCAGGAAGAACGACCUCCUCGGGGGGUACUGGGAGUCCCACAUGGACGACGUCACGUCGUUGGCAUUUCACUCCACCAAGGCCGAUGUCCUAGCUUCUGGCAGCACUGAUGGACUGAUCAAUGUCUUCGAUCUCACCCAGUCAUCAGAGGACUCUGCACUCAAUUAUUCACUCAACACUGAGUCGUCAGUGGAUAGACUAGGCUGGCUGGAAGACGACCACAUCUGGUGCACGACCCACACUCAUUGUCUCCAGCUCUGGGAGUGUGAGGACGCCACACCCUAUGGAAAAUACGAUCGAGCCAGCAUAGCAGCUAAUUUCCUGCAGGAGGAUCAGGACAGCUGUUACCUCGUGAGGAUGCACAGGAGCAGCAGCUCUGGAGAUCCCUUUCUACUCACAGGCUCCACGAUAAAAGGGGAGCAUUUGCAUGGACUGACCAUCACUUCUGAAGGCAUGAAAUGGUGUUCUGAUUUCACUGGGAAUAAACAACUGGUGAGAGACAGCUGGUAUCAUGCGAAGAGUGGUUGCUUGAUAACUGGAGGCGAGGGGGGCAUAAUAAACCUCUGGAAGGAGAAUGAAGCGAAUUUGCUCCAGGGAAACAGUGACCGAAAAUCCCUCGUGAAAUCCAAUGGCAAGUCCAGUGCUCGAGACAAGCAUCGAACGAAGCCAUACUAAAUCGAAAAUGAUUGAAAAUUGUUGAACUGUUGCCCCAAGGCGAACCCAAAUAAUGUACAAUAUUUCCUAUUUUUCUAAUUAAAUUUGUAAUGAAUAAAUCAUGAUUGAAGAUGAAAUAAAAUAAUUGGGUGAUGAAAAACUC